UAAGUCAUAGAUAGAUAGACGACAGAACAAUCCGUUGCCAAGUGUUGUCUGUGUAUUUGAUUUUUGCGUUUAUAAAUGAGACUACAAUUGUUGUUUUUUUCUUGAUUUUUUAUGUCGGUGUCUAAUCCUAUUAAAACGCGGGACGCUUUUAUACAGUAAAUCGGUGUUUCAGAUUUAUUUUUUUAGGUAAAAAUGGCACCGCAUUUUUUUGCGUAUGAUGUUUAUCUUAAAACUAAACCGCAGAAUUAACCCCGUGAAGAUGAAUGUCAUAUAACGGUGCAGGUCGUUAAAAUGCAUGAGCUCAUGAGAUGGAGCUAAUGCUGUUUCAUACAGAUAAAUGCACGUUGACUGAAGAGAAAACCACAUAAACCUUCCAGCCUCACAGCGAGAGAGAGAGAGGGGACCAAAACUGCGUCAUGUUGAGAAAGGACAGAAAUGAACCCGGGACGUCCCAACCUAAAUUAGAAGAUCCUCUAAAAAACCUAGGGGUCCAGGACGAUGAAGACGUAAGGACCAUGCUGCAGGGCUCUGCCAUGUUGAAGGUGCGUUCCCCACGCUGGCAGAGAAAGCGCAUGCUAAAGUUGAUGAAUGACGGGGUCACGGUCUGGUGUGAAUCCAACAAGACCUUCAGCAAAGCCAAGUCGCAGCAGUCCUUCUCUGUGACAGAAGUGGAGUGCGUGCGGGAAGGCUGUCAGUCCGAGACGCUCAAAAACCUGGCUGGCUCUCUCCCAAAAGAACAAUGUCUGACCAUCGUGUUCAAGGGAGGGAGGAAGAGCUUGGAUCUCCAGUGUUCAACGAAAGAGGAAGCCCAGCACUGGGUCCGUGGCAUUCGCACCUUGCAGGGGAGAGUAAACAACAUGACCCAUAAAGAGAAACUUGAGCACUGGAUCCAUGGCUACCUGAAACAAGCUGACAUGAACCAAGAUGGGAAGAUGUCAUAUGAAGAGGUGCUAACGCUUCUCCAGAUGAUCAACAUUGACUUUGAAGAGGAAUAUGCUGCCAGUCUCUUCAAGAAGUGUGACAAAUCAAAAGAUGGUCGACUGGAGCACGAGGAGAUCGAGCUGUUUUGCCGUGAGCUGUUACGUCGACCUGAGCUUGAUACGGUGUUCAGUCAGUACUCAGCCAACGGAUGCGUCCUGUCCACUGUGGAUUUGCGUGAAUUCCUGAAAGACCAGGGCGAGGACCACACACUCGUACAUGCUCAGAGUCUCAUCCUAAACUACGAGCUCAACGAAUGGGCACAACAAAACCAGUUCAUGACACCGAAUGGUUUCACUAUGUACAUGCUGUCUAAAGAGAACGAUGUGUUCAACCCGGAGCACAGCAGAGUUUACCAGGACAUGAGCCGUCCACUUACUGACUACUAUAUCUCCUCUUCACACAACACCUACCUCACUGCAGACCAACUCAUCAGCGAGAGCAGCGUGGACCCUUAUAUCAAGGCCCUCAGCCAUGGAUGCCGCUGUGUGGAACUGGACUGCUGGGAUGGAGAGAAAGAGCCGCUUAUUUAUCACGGACACACUCUCACAUCCAAGGUGCCAUUCAGGAAAGUGGUGGAGGCCAUUUCUGAAUACGCUUUCAGGGCUUCGCCAUAUCCUCUUAUUCUUUCUCUGGAGAUCCACUGCUCUGUGGAGCAGCAGAAAAUCAUGGCCCAGCAACUGUGCUCAAUUUUGGGAGACAGACUGCUCACAAAACCUCUCAAUAACAAGCCACUACAGUGCCUACCAUCACCAGAGGAUUUAAAAGGGAAGAUCUUGAUCAAAUCAAAGAAGAUGAAAGUGGAGCAGGAGAGCUCCAGCUCUGACUCAAGCUCAUCAGAAGAUGAAUCCAAAUCCGAGAGCAAACCUAAACCCCGAAAGCGUGCCUUUGCUUUUUUUCAGAAAAGGACCAAGUUAAGUCAAGAGCUGUCUGAUCUGGUAGUCUACACUCGCAGUGUUGCCUUCAAAGGUUUUAGUCAAACUGCCAAGAAGCCACCCAAUGAGAUGUCCUCUUUCUCAGAGAGUGAUGCGUUGAAACAUAUUAAAGAAUCAGGGAAGCUCUUUGUGCGUCACAAUAGUAUGCAACUAAGUCGAAUCUACCCAUCUGGUCAGCGUGUACAAUCCUCCAACUACAACCCUCAAGAGAUGUGGAACGCUGGUUGUCAUAUAGUGGCUUUGAACUUUCAGACCCAAUGUGAGGAGAUGGACCUUAACAGAGGACGCUUUUUACCGAACGGCCGCUGUGGCUACGUGCUUCAACCGAGCUUUAUGUGGACACCUGAUUCUGAGUUUGACCCAGAGAACACUGGAGGAGGACCUGGACAUAACCCAACACUGCUUACCAUCAAGGUUAUAUCAGCCCAGCAGCUGCCGAAACCAAACAAUGAGAAGCUCAGCUCCAUUGUGGACCCUCUUGUGUGGGUGGAGACUUACGGGGCUCCCAUAGACAACAACAAAAAGAAGACGCACCGCAUUGACAAUAAUGGCUUUAACCCCAGAUGGGACUGCACCUUUAAGUUCCAGCUACACGUGCCAGAGCUGGUGUUAGUACGCUUUAAGGUUGAGGACCAUGGCUACGCGACCAGGAAUGAAUUCCUCGGCCAGUUUACGCUUCCUUUCACGAGCAUGCGUACAGGUUACAGACACGUACGUCUGCUAAGGGCCGAUGGCUCCAGCAUGUCUCCCUCCACUCUCUUCAUCCACGUUAAAAUAACAGCAGGCUACAGCAGCCCUGUCAAAAAGGCAGCCACACAUUCGGCCUAAGAAUAAAGCAUGCAGGUCAAACAUC